AAAGUCGUUUCAUUUGUUUUUUUUCCCUGUAGGCAAAAGGAGUAUCAGAAAAGUAUUUGGGUUCAUCGCAGACUCACUGAAGAAAUCACAUAAGCCUAGGAUGUUAUUAGGAAUCCUGAGUGUCUGUUAGGUCUUUAAGAUACUGGCAUAGGUAUGAAGGAGGAAUUGAACUGAGUAGCCAGAGCUACUAGAGUUUCCCUUUAAGGGAAAUUUAAAGGGAAAAGGGAAAAUGCUACUGGAACACUUUAGAAUUAAACUAGAAAAAUAUUUAAAUGGUUUCCAUAAGACAGAAAUGUACUUUAAGAAGUUUGAACAGGGUGUAGAGCACCAUCUCCUUUGCAGUUACUGUUACUUGCCUGAAGUCCCCUCAGACCGAUACUUGUCUGUUGGGAUACCUGCUUCUCUGCAGUGAAAAAGGCUCUUGAGUCUUUGAAUGCCAGAAAGGCUCGUCUUUCCUUUGUAUAUCUGGGGCGGGGGGCGGGACACUCCUUACUGUGCAGUUUUUAGAUCCGUGUGGCUGAUCGUAUGUGGGCACCUGACAGAUCUGUCUCAUUCAUGCUUCACUCACUCGGGAUGUAGGGACUGUUGCCCUCAGGUUCGACGGCUAUUCCGUAGCCCCCUGGUAGCUCCACACCCUUCACACCUUUCAGAGUUUUAUUGGUAAGUCACUGUCUUUUAAUUCCAACAUACAGCUCUAGGAUGGCAUUUGAGUAUUCUGGGGGAGAAAAGGGGUUACUUUUUGUUCCUGUUUUUCUCCUGUGAGUAGCGAAUUGGAGCAAGGGUUUGUUAAGCCAGGGAACAGAGGAGUUUAACAGGUGGGGUGUAGCUCUCCUGCUGGGCUCAGCCCUGCGCUCCUUGCGUUUUUCCUUUACUCAGGCCAAACCUUCACUCAGAGGUCAAGUGAAGUCAAGAAGAAGUCAAGAGAAGUUUUGUCUGGGAUUUAAGGAGGAGGCUCCGUAGCAGUAAAGUUAGAAAUCUGAAACAAUGGGUGACUGGAGCUUUCUGGGGAGACUGUUAGAGAAUGCGCAGGAGCACUCCACGGUUAUUGGCAAGGUUUGGCUGACGGUACUGUUUAUCUUCAGGAUACUGGUGCUGGGGGCUGCUGCUGAGGAGGUCUGGGGAGACGAGCAGUCGGACUUUACAUGCAACACACAGCAACCUGGUUGCGAAAAUGUUUGCUAUGACAAAGCCUUCCCCAUUUCUCACAUCCGCUUCUGGGUGCUGCAGAUCAUUUUUGUCUCCACUCCAACCCUCAUCUACCUGGGCCAUGUGCUGCACAUUGUACGCAUGGAGGAGAAGAGGAAAGAGAAAGAAGAGCUGAAAAAGAAGGGAAACGUGAAAGACAGCAACUACCCAGGAGCAGCAGUGUCUGGCAGCGGUGGUGGAGGAGGCAGCAAUAACGUCAAGGAUCCUCUUGGCAAGAGGGGGAAGGAGAAGCUCCCGAUCCGUGAUGAACGUGGUAGAAUCCGUAUGGGGGGUGCCCUGCUCCGUACCUACGUCUUCAACAUAAUUUUCAAGACACUGUUUGAGGUGGGCUUCAUUGUGGGCCAGUACUUCCUAUAUGGCUUUGAGCUAAAGCCAGUCUACCAGUGCAGCCGCUCACCUUGCCCACACACUGUGGACUGCUUCAUCUCGAGGCCCACUGAGAAGACCAUCUUCAUCAUCUUCAUGUUGGUGGUGGCCUCUGUCUCCCUGCUGCUGAACAUGCUUGAGAUAUAUCACUUGGGGUGGAAGAAGCUUAAGCAGGGCAUGACAAGCCGGUACAGCCUUGAGAUGCCUGUCGCAACAAUGACACCAGUCAUGGUAACAGGGGAGUCCAAACCUGUUGCCCUACCGCCACCAGCACCACCUGUGGUGGUAACGACUGCUACACCCCGCCCUGUUCUGCCUGACACCCGCGCUGUCACACCACUGCUGGCCCCAGUGACCAUGGCCCCGUACUAUGCCGCGGCUGCUCCAAGACCACGGCCCCCCUCCAACGCAGCCUCCAUGGCCAGCUACCCUGCUGCGCCACCAGUUCCUGAAGAGAGGCACCGUGCUGUGACUCCCACGCCCAUCUCCACUCCCGUCACCAUCCCGACCCCCAUCCCCACACCCACCCCAGCCGUCAUCAACUACUUCAACAGCAACAGCCAUGCCCUGGCGGCCGAGCAGAACUGGGUCAACAUGGCAGCUGAGCAGCAGGGGAAGGUGCCCUCCAGCUCGGCAGGCUCCUCUACCCCCAGCAGUGUCCGGCAUCCCCUUCCCGAGCAGGAAGAGCCGCUGGAGCAGCUACUCCCACCCCCAGCUGGGCCGCCCGUUGCUGCAGCCAACAGUGGCAGCAGCACCAGCCUGAGCGGGGCAAGCGGCAGCAAGUGGGAUGUGGAGGGUGAGGAGGAGCUGUCAGAGGAACGGUCCGUCUCAGCUGCCUGCACCACCGUGGAGAUGCAUGAGCCGCCGCUGCUCGUAGACACACGGCGCUUGAGCAGGGCCAGUAAGUCGAGCAGCUGCAGAGCCAGGUCAGACGACCUGGCUGUGUAGUGCGGUUGCCUCUGCUCAGAGGAGCAGGUGAUGGAAGGCAGAGUGGGCAGGGGAGCUGCCCGGGGAGGCCAGGCCUGGCGUGGGUGGGAAGGCCUGGGCUUCAAACUUUGACGCUUGCUGUUUUUGCACUCUGUGAGUUGUAGUGGGGAAAAAUAUCAACAUUUUCUAAUAGGUCAGGGGUGGCUGAAGCGCAGCCCAUGGGCCAGGGGACCAGUCCCGCUUUCCUUCGUGUCCAUGGCAGAUCUCCCAAGGGCAGCCAUAGGGGAGGCCUGCACAGAUAACCCGUGGUGAUGGUAGCUGGUCACGUGCCCUGAGGCUGACUUUCAUCUGAGAAAAAUGUUAAUAGUGCCCAUGUGCCUGGCUGUCAUCUCCCUCUUGCCCUUGCCUUCACUUCCAUCCUUUUCACAUAAGCUCUAUGUGAGCAGAUGCGAUGACUUAUUUUCUUCCUCUUAAAUCGUAUGUAGCCCUAUGGCAAACAUCAGGGUGACAUAUUGCCCGUUGGCACCUGUCCUCUCUACGGACCAACUUGCCAUAUUAAAGGUGACUCAGACUCUUCCAUAUAACAUGACUUAGUGAAGCCUUUGUGCUCAUGGCAAAUCGCCAAUGUGGUCCUCGGCCGGGCAAAGUUUAGGUAACCCCUGUAAUAGAUUUUUGAGGUUCAUCUUCCUAUAAUUUUUUUCUUACUCUUGACCUGUUAGGAAUUGUUUGGUUUGACCUUCUAUCCAGUGUUUGCUGACCAUGAUCACACCAUGUUUUUAAGCCCACAAAUAUGUUUGAGCAUGUUUGAUUAUAAUUUUAGAUGACUUCUGAAAUUGCUUAGAGGAGGACAGGAAUUUAAACCACACCUCAGAAAUUAUUACACAGAACAAUUUCUCUUCAGAAAGCAAGGAUUAUGAUUUCAAUACAUUGUGGCCCCAUACGUUGCCCAUGGACAAACAAUAGGAUAAAGUACAGCUCUGCAUUUUAGACUAUUAGAUAUCAGCUUAAGUUUGUUGGAAAAAUGCUUUUUAGAAGUAAACUUGAGUGCAUAUUUUUAAGUAUUUGAACAUUUUGAGAAUAAUUUUGAUCUGUAGGUUUAAAGUUACUUGACUGUGUACUUAAUAAUUUUAGUUUGAUCUUUGAUCUUACAAGAAAAUCUAAGGGGAAAGAAACUUACUAAUGGUAAAAUUCCCAAAGCAACAUUAUUUCCUGUUGCGUUCUACCCUUUCCUUUAACAACAAUCUGUAGUGUCUUACAGGUCAGUGAAAACAGAUUUAGACAAUAUUGUAUUGCAGAAAAGAUGGCUAAAAUAUCUGGGCAACAUGCCAGUGGCUGAAGGGUCUAUUCUGAUCCCACUGAAGUCACUUGCAGGAUUUUCAUUCAAUUUAACAAGGAGCAAGAUUUGGGGAUGGAUCUUGCAGGCCUUAUUCAAGCAAAACUAACAUUCACAUGGAGUUUUGGGAGCCAGAAGGAAUGUAGAUUUAUGGGGCCUUAUAUAAAGACAUUAAAAUCCUGCUUUUGAAAAUUGUGUUUCCCUUAAAAAUGGGUGGAGGAAACUACUGGGUACUUUUUUCUAAGGUGCAGCUUUCCUUACAACUGUCUCUGUCCUUUAUUCCUUUGUAACAAGUACUCUCACAGACAUUAGUCGGAAUUUUGAAUGCCUGGUAAGGCUCGGGAGAGUUUGGGUACAAAAGGAAUGCAGGAUUAGGCCCAACUUCUGUUCUUAGCAAAAGCCAAAAGAACUGAAGCUCAGAGUCAGUCCUAUUGCUGCUGUAAAUCGAAAGUACUGUAAUUGGAGAAGAGCAGUCAAACACACUGGAAUAGCCCUUUGCAUCUUCAAAGUAUUUGCCCUGGCAGUGCAGUCCUUACUCAGGCAAAGCAGGGUCACCCUGUAGCAAGUAGUUACAAUUGCCAGUUAUCUCUGCUGUUAAAUGUUUUCCUGAAUGUGUUUAUUUUAUUCAACAGUUAAAAUAUAUUCCCACCACUCAAGAUUAAACAUUUAUUUUUACUGCUUUCUGAGUAGACACAAAGAGUUUCUCAUGAUCAGAAGCACUGUUCUGCAACCCUUGGGCAUGUUGUCUCAUGACAUCCUUGACCUGCUUGUGGUGAACCAGGUGAGGAGAAGUCUUCUGCUGCCACUGAUCUUGGGGGCAGACACUGCAUUAAAAGUCAAUGUACAGUUGUACAAUAAAGAUAUUUACUAUUAGGUGUUCAGCUUCAGGCAUGCUCUCAUGAAUUUUCUAUGUUAUAAGCCAUAAAAACCCUUUCUGCAAGAAAGCUAAAAGCUAAAUUCUGCUUUCUAUUGUAUCCAUGCAACUAUGCUGAACUUAUACUAAAGUUGAUAAAGUUGCCUAGAUGUAAACAAAGGCAGAGUUUAACACUCAAAAUUUUUAGAUCUACUAGCAUCUAUAGUAGCAGUUUUGUAAGUUUUGCUAAAUGCCAAGUAAUUAUAUUGCUGAAAUAAUGCAAUAUGCAUCUCUGUAUUUUAGUGCAUCAAAAUUCAUGGGCUAUAUUUUCCUUUCUUUUAUGCUUCUGAAGAAUGAAGUCGAAGUCUCUCUGGAGUGUAUUUAUAUAAACCAGACCACCUAGAAUAUGUGCUUUUUUAUACCAACGCCUGAGAGCAAAACUGACUUGUUGUUUGAUGGAGCUCUGAAUCUUGCAGUCCUUACUUUAGUACAACCCUCACAGAGUGUGUCCUGUAGGAUUGCAUCCAUAUUGUAUAUAAAAAAUAAUAACAGAGAUAGGUUUAACUUAGGAUCACUGAUACCUAGUCUGCCCUUUUCAAGUUACGUGUGUGGUUAGACCUGCAGAGAGUUCAGGUGCUUUUGUGUGGAAUAUAUGGUAUUUUCAGGCAGAGUAACUACUGGAAAGCUGUAAAAGAUCAUUUUUCCUGUUAGGUGAAGCUUGGGGGGAGAAGUGUAAUUUUGUCACAACCCUUAGAGAAAUUUGACAGAGCAGCCUCUGCACCCAAGCAGUACUGGUCUGAGAAAGCAAAGCUACAACUCACAGGUUGUGCUUUUAAGAUCAGCUUAAGUUCCAUCAUGUAAUUUUACAGUGUCAAGCUUCUUGGUUACCUACAAUUUCAUUUGGAGUCCAGUAAUUGUUUCUUCAUUUAAGCCCAGGUAACUGUUCUGGCAGCACUCCCCUUUAGUGCUUACAACUGCUUUUUGUUGCUGCAUCACAUCUGGAAUGAGAUUUGUUGAAAAAAAUCUUAUUGGUGUGGCCAAUUUUGAGUACUUUAAUCUUAACUCAUGAAUGAUCACUGAAUUCAACGUACUAUGAGUAAAACAUAACUAUGCAGACUUCCAUAGUUCUAGAAAAUACUUACAAACACCAACUAACUUGCAGAACAGAGUCUGUUGGCAAAAAUAAUCUGCUGAUUUCCAAGUUGUUUGCUCUUUCACAUCAUUUAAUUCCAAAGAGAGAACUGGUAGCAAAUGAUACUUUGAUUUAGCCUUGUCAUAUGGCUAUAUUAUGGUUCAAGCCAUAAUCUUGGAAGAUCUUAUACACACACCUAACAUGAAACCAGUAGGUAAGUUACUGCAAAAUGGAAGUCAGAAGAGAAUCAUGCCUGAUAUUAAGCAAACUGCAUACCACCACCCCCGCCCCCCAUUCUUGCUCUUUGAGUAGAAUGAUUGUGGGAAAAUUAUUCUCUCUUGAACUUAAAAAAAAAUGCUAAGGUAAGCUAUGGAAAAGAAAAGGAGAAAACUGAAAAAAGAUACUCUUUGAACAAGUUACUAGGUGUAACUUUGCAAUAAGUAAACUCACUGGUACUAGUUGACCCUGCUUGGACCAUAGCGGUUUGGGCUAGAUGACUUCCAGAGGUCUCUUCCAACUGCAAUGAUUAUAUGAAACAUAUUUUCCAAAUCACUGAUUUCAUUAGUACAUUUUUCAUAACAUAAUUUUUCAUAACAUAGUAUCUGCAUUGCACAUAAAUACAUAGUUUCUUGGCCAUGGACACAGUUGAUCUGUUUUCUAUCACUGGGCUUUUUUAAUUAGUGCAGCUGUCAGUUAAUACAAAAGAAAAUGAAGUAUAGACAAUUUAACCCCCCACAUUUCUUCCCUUUGUAUUUUGAUUAAAUGAAGACAGCCUGCUAGAACCUUCCCUUUAUUAAAGUGGAAUAUUUUAUCUAUGAAAAUCAAUCUCUUGUUUUUUCAUAGAUAAAAAAGUGCUCCUUGAAUUUGUUGGUCCGUGCUGGCAUUGAAGAAUCAUAGCUUCUUGAAAAUGGGUAGCUUGUACUGAAAAAGCAGAUGAACUGUGUUGUUUUCUGGUGUAAUUUGGAAGCCAGUUGUGUGCAAGGUGGUACCAGGGAUUGAUAUGGCUCAGUAUAUUUGUCGUUCAUCAAGGCACUUAGAGCUAGUUAAAUGUCUGACAUUUUGCAGUUCUUGAGAUUAUUUUCUGAUGUGAAUACGUAAGUGUAGGAUCAGUAAAAUAAUUAAGGCAAGCUUUAAGAAUCAGAUCAGUACUUAGGUCCUUUUUUGGUUAGUCAUGGGACCAUCUCCUCAGCUGCUACAAACUGUUGUAUUCCACUGAGUUCACGUGAGUGACAACAGUCUGCAGAAGCAGAGUGUUGAGCCCCCAUGUCUUUUUGUUUAAUACAAACACUAACACCGUGGAUUUGAACAGGCUGGGUUUUUUUUAAUUCCAAAUGUUUUUGUUUCAUUUACUUUGAUUUUUCUUGUGAAAAGUGUGCUCUUGUAAUUUUGAUUUUCUGAAGUUUACAUUCAGUUUUUGAUUUCAGAUUGCACAUUUGGAUUAAAUAAACUGUUUUCUAAGUUUACAUUUGUAUAAGAAGUAAAAGAAUUACUCUGCCAAUAUGUUAAACCUAAAAGAGAAAUGUCUUACUAUAACACAGGAACUCUUCAGACAUAAGGCAGUACCAUUAAAGACAAUUUAACCUGAUCACAGAUCUAUAGUAUCAGUUUUCUCUGUAUAUUUAAAAUAUGGGAGCUGGAUAUAUAGGGAGCACACUAUGGAAAAAGAUACUUUUCAUCAUGAACUCAAUUAUUACCAAAUAAACUAAGGUUCAUUAUUAUUGAUAUGCCUUCUUGUGUGUUUAGAGGUUCAGUGACAAAAACUAGCUGUGACAUAUGUCCUUUAAGAGCUAAAUUUACAGCCUGGUUUAAAAUUCCAAACAAAAUACUUGUGUAGAAACACCGCACUGUUAUACUGUAGAAGAUUUUACAAAAGAUGAAUGUUUUGCUUUCUAGCCAAAGAUAUGGUUCUGAGCCUGCAAAUACAAUUUCAUGCAAGUUAUUUUUACUCUUGCAAAUAAGGCCAUUAAAGGUAAUGGGACUAUUUGCAUAAGCAAAAAACACUGAUGUGAAAAAGAAAUUGUAAAUUUGCAUUUUAAGUUUGUUGUAAGAUGCCAAUCAAAAUCCAGAAGUUUCAGUCCUUGAAGAGUUAUGCAGGAUAUGUGAACAUAUUUUAAGGUGGAGAAUAUAUUCCUAUUCCCAUUUACACUGUUUCUCACAGUUAAAGGGUUGUAAAGCAUAAGAAGGCUUACUCGGAGCUUUCUUGUUGCUUACUGGGUGUUUGUCUUUUACAUGACAGAAUCUGACAACAAACACAACAAGUUUUCUGGGCCAUCAGGAACUUGUAACAGUAAAAACAGCAAACAGUUAAAAGUGCUGUCUUCAAAGAAGUGCCUUGUGUAUUAAAUGCUGUAAGAAACAAGUUGAUGUAAACGUUAAUUUACCUCAUAUGUUUACAAAAUCAUGACUAAAUAAACUUUUUGUACCACA